CCCCCUGCCAUGGCAAUGAAAGUGCUUCAUCUCCUCCUUCAGCUGCUCAGCUGCUGUCUGGUAGGCUCGGGGGUCUCCUCUGCCUCCGCACCUGCUCUUCCAGGAGUCAGAGUCAACAACUGUGCUGCAAAAACCAUAGAAGCACCAGUGGCUUUCCAAAGAGAACCCUGUUCUUUAAAAACUGUCAGGAUUCAGAGACCUUAUAAUAACAACGCUGUCCUGCACCAUAAAAGGAAGACAUCCUUUUUCCUUUUUGUUAGAUUAGAGGUAGAGUGCAACGUUACUAUACGUAUCAAGCCCCUGUGGAAAGUCUAUCGUGUUCCAGACACAUCAACUCCUCUAGCCUGGGGAGAGCCACAGAGCACUUCUUCACUGCGUGGUGUAAAUACCGUACGCUUAACUGUUCCCAGUUCUGCUUUGGAUUAUGGGUUGUAUCUGUUUCAUUUCAAUGUUGACGUAAAUCCAAAUAUGUCCAAAACAGUUCUCAAGGGCUCAGAUAAAAUUUAUGUUCAGAUUGACAGGAGCGAUCUAGUGGCACAUAUCGCAGGAGGCCCAUUGCGCACAGUGGGUUUUUCUGAUAAUUGGAAGCUUGAUGGCUCUGCGUCCUAUGAUCCUGAUUCACUGAAGGAAGGACUGAAUGGAAUCAUAUUUCAUUGGUUCUGCACUAGAAGAAUGAGAGACUAUGGAAUCUGGCAAUUGACCGCUGAAUACAAAUGCCAUCCAGAACAGACCAGUUUGAGAUGGUUAGCAGGCGCGGGUGUGGUUCAAACAGUAGCACCAAAAACCCUGAGAGUAGACAUCACAUACUACUUUCGCCUAGUGAUUCAAAAGGAUCAAAGGAAGAACUUUGCUGUGCAAACUGUACUGGUGCGGUCUGGCUCACCACCCCUUCUCAAUGUGGUGUGCAUUGCAAAUUGUGGUAGAUCUCUGAUCCCAACAGAGAGAUUUAUAUUGUCUGGAAAAUGCCUAACCUGUGGAACAUACAAACAGCCAUUCUACUACUGGUCCCUUUUAGCAGAAAACUCUACAGAAAUUAACUUCGACUGGUCUUCCAGAACCUCAACAGGAAGAUUUGGGUCUUACCUUUCUAUACAUGCUCUGACUUUUACAAAGACUGCACUUCAAUCCUACAUACUUCUGCUAAAAGUAACUACCUGGGAUGGUAGGUCCUCAACCUACAGACAUGAGUUUAAGGUGGAUUCACCUCCUAGGGCUGGCAAGUGUAGUAUCAAACCACGCUGGGGCACAGCCUUUCUGACAAAAUUUGUGGUUCAAUGCAGUGGAUUUUCUGACACCAAUUUACCUCUGACUUAUAAAGUGAUAGUAGCUUCCAAUGUACCCCAAACUACCAAAGUAACUUCUGUGAAGGAAAACACAUUUGGCACAAUUAUGUACUUUGGUUAUGAGCCUAAAACUCCUCCAUCUUUUCUCCCAGUUGGAGAGCCCUCUCAGAAGUACAACUUGCCGCUCUAUGUUCAAGUCCACAAUUCCCUCGGGGUGUUUACCCAGGUGAAUUUGAGCGUCCGCGUACACAACCCUGUCAAGAGUCGACCACUCACUGUUGUGUUCCACGAGCUGCUGGCCUCAGUAAGUGGUUUAGCCGCACCAAUGACAUCUUAUAUGCAGAGUGGAGAUUAUCUGAGUGCAACUUAUUUGGCUUAUCUGGCAGCCUCAGUCUUGAACUAUAUUAAAACUAAAUCAACUCUCCCGGUGCCAAAAUCUCAGUUUCGGAAAAACCUGAUCAAUACAGCCAUGAAUAUUUCAAUUCAUAGCACAGUGGAAAUCAACCAAAUAGUUGCUGCUCUUUCCCUAGUCACGGAGGAAGCUGAAGAAGUGGACAUUAGAUCACAAGACCUUGCCCUUCAGAAACUGACAGAAGCAAUGAGAGUGCUGAAGACGGAGAGGUCUGAGAGAAAGUGGUCCGAGGAAGCAGAAAUUCAGACCAGCGGAAUACUAAAGUGCUUGUCCAACAUCCUGAGAGCUGCUCUUUUGCGUUCCAGGAAUGUCAACGUUAGUGGAGUUAAAAAAGCCUUCUUCAUCAUGGAAAAUUUAACAGAGGUAGUUUUCCAGGGCAAAGUCCCCGGAGAAGCAGAAACUCAAAUGAAAACAAAAGACUGGAAUAUCACUCUGAACAAAAAUGAAACCUGGCAAAUUCCAGAUGCUUUCCCUACCAGAGACACCUGCAGGAACUGCUUUUAUCCAUCUCUGAAAAAGGGAGAUGUUUUAGCAUUUCCCAAGGAUGCCGUGAUUUCCACUGCUCUUUUUGAGUUUGAUGAGAACCCUUUCCCUUGGUUAGGUUACACAACAGAAAUUGCAACAACGAUCUUGGGGUUCAAAAUGACAGAAACAAAGGCUAAUGGGGAUCAACUGCGGAUCAUGCCUCAAGGAGCAAAUAUUAUUGUUGCUAGGAAAGACAGCGAAUUUUCAACUUUCCAAUUAACAAUGGGACCCGAUAAAACACGAGCUUACACCAUUGGAGGAUUUAAUUUCGAGGUCAAAAGAGAUACCAAGAUCAUAUAUAUUCAGAUCCUGACACAAUUAGAAGUUACUUUCAAGGUGCUAGUCUUUACAGGCGCCAACGUCACUCAUGCUCAACCCAUUGCCUCUUUUGAAGCUUUUCACAACAGGUCAACAGUUGUGAGCAAAAAUGAGACAACUAGCAAUGACUGUGUCAUUAAGACUCCCUAUAUUAUCUGUCUCCCAGAGUCACUGCUGACAGCCACAGCUCAGGAAAGCAACGCAGGCACUUACAACAUCUCCAUUGUCUUGCUGACACCCUACAUUGUAAGGCAUCAAACGCAGGAACUGGUGAGCAUACACAUUUUUAGUGACCAGUGCGUAUUUCUGCUCGGCCUCCACAGUGCGUGGGCAGAAGACAUGUGCAGGGUUGGGCCCUUAACUGACUGGCAGAGGGUACACUGUGUUUGCGAUAUAAAGAAGGGUCAGAGCAGUCAUUUUCUCCCCGAUGUGUCACGCUCAUUCCUGUUCAGCAUGAUGUUCCUUGCAGCCAAAGUAUUAGUUACUCCCAACGCAGUAGAUCUGGGAAAAGCCCUGAUAGCAGACAUACCUAGAAACCCAGUGACUCUCUUAACAGUGUUCUUUAUUUUUGUCAUAUACUUCCUUUUGUUCUUCUGGGCCCUGAAAAAAGACAGGAUUGACAGGGAACGCAGAGACACGGUUAUAGUUCUGCCAGACAACGACCCCUUUGAUAAAGUGAGCUUUUUGGUUACUUUAUACACAGGCAGUCGCUGGGGAGCUGGAACCAAAGCAGAUGUCUUUCUUCAGCUCAUUGGCCAGAAUGGCACAAGUGAUGUCCAUUGUUUACGGCACUCGUAUUUUCCAUCUUUCCAAAAAGGAAGUGCUGAUCGCUUUCUGUUAACUACAAAGACAGACUUGGGAGACAUUUGUGCCUUGAGGGUCUGGCACAACAACAAGGGCCCAUCUCCAAGCUGGUUCUUAAGCAGAGCCAAAGUUGAGAAUAUGGCCACCAGGGAAACCUGGUUCUUCAUGUGCAGAAAAUGGCUUUCUAUUGACAAGGAUGAUCACUUACUAGAAAGGACAUUUUCUGCCACAGACCCCAAGACACCUCUGCCCAGAAGCGAUGUCUUUUUGAUUAAUCUUGCCAGGAGCCUGGCAGAUAACCAUCUGUGGUUCUCAGUUUUUGCUAGUGUUCUCACUAGCACCUUCAACAGGCUCCAAAGGCUGUCUUCUUGCUUAGCAAUAUUAUUAUUAAACUUGUUUCUUAACAUUUUAUUCUUUAAUGCUGAAAUGGAUGAAGAAUCUACAGUAGACUUGAGGUAUUUAAGAUCAGCAAUAGUGGGAAUUGAAUGUGCAUUGCUUACUGUACCUGUGGAGAUGAUUAUAAUUGUCUUAUUUAAGUUUUCCAAGAAGAAACCUUUUCCUCCUGAUGGGGCUCAGAAAGACCCAAAGCUAGGUUCACCAUUCAUGGCUGGAAAACUUAAGAAUUGGAAGGAACGUUUGCAAAAAUCGUACCCUUCAGAAACUUCAUCACAAAUGAAGAAUAAUAUUCCUUUGGAGAACCUUCCCGGUCCCAGCAACUCACAGAGCCCACCAUUUUCCACAAAGACAAGAAGCCAGGGAGAUCAACAAAACAGGAGUAACCACACCGUUUCUGAAAGAGAUAAGAAUGCAAUUGGCACAGACGAGCAGACAGGAAUCACAAAUUCCCCUCCAAUGGCUGAGGCCUGCCAGAGCCAGGUACCAUCAAAUUCCGGUUUUAAAAAUAAUUACACGGAAGAAGGGGGCAACUUGCAGAAAGAAGAGAAAUCACUAGGCAUUACCUCCACGUCCUCUCACAAUACACAGCACUUAAUUUUUUGUUGGUGGUGUGUCUAUGUCUCAUGGGCACUAGUUAUAGCUGUCACUGGGGUGUCAUCAUUUUUCAUUGUGUUAUAUGGCUUGUCUUAUGGCUAUCAGACUUCAGUAGAGUGGCUUAUAGCAUCUGCAGUCUCCUUUAUUGAGAAUGUGUUUUUCAUUUCAAUCCUGAAAAUAAGUUUUUUAAUAGCUAUACGUACAAUUCGUCCAAAAUACUGUGAGAACAUCAUCUGGGUAACUCAGGAAAAGUAUUCUGAGAUAAGGUUGGGUAAAGAAAUCAUGAAUGCAGAUGAGAUGAGAAAGAUGCACUUGAAACUCGCUAAACUCAGGGGCAGCAAGAAGUAUAAGCCUUUAGGAGCUGACGAAAUUGCAGCCAUGAUGAGAAGGGCAAAAAUCAAAGCCAAGGCAUUUGUUUUCAUAAAAGGUCUCAUCAGUCACCUUGUCUUUUUAACAUUACUAUUAAAUUUUGUCUAUUCCACUGAGAACGCAAACAGUUUCCUCUACAACCAGUUCAUCCAUAGGCAGUUCUCUCCACGACUCUCCAGUGUAGAUAAGCUAGAACAUAUCUACGUGUGGGUAAAAGACUUGUUCUUGCCCAUGAUCCACAAUGACAUGCAGCCAACCUUUCUUCCCAAGAGCUGGUCAAAAAUAGUUGGUUUGCCUAGGAUGAGGCAAGUGCGUGCUAAACGUACCAAGAAAAAAUGUUUCCGUCCUUACAGCUUUGUCAAUAACUUUGUGAUCGGCAAAAGCCACUGUCUUCCCAAAUAUGGCACUGACAUCCCAGAGAGAGGUGAUUUUGCUGGCAUUUGGACAAAGGUGGACAAUCAGUCUGCCUCCAAGGAUGCCAGCAGUUACACUGGGUUCACUUACGAGUGGAACUGGACUCCCUGGGUGUAUUAUUCAUAUGGAGAUUUGCACACAUACGGACCAGCAGGAUAUACAUUUUACUUUUUUCCUGAAGAAGGAAAACCUAAUUCAACGAUAAGGCUGGAUGCUCUGCAACAGAGUGACUGGCUUGAUGAAUAUACAUGGGCUGUGAUCAUUGAACUAACUACAUUUAACCCUGAUGCAGAUCUCUUUUGCACCAUCUCAGUCAUAUUUGAAACGUCAAAUUUUGGGAUCAUAAAACCAAGUUUGUCAGUGCACUCUUUUGCACUCCCCAUUUUUCAUCAGCAAACUAAAUCACAAAUGUGUCUGUUUGGAAUUCUUUUUGCCUUUCUGUUAAUUUAUGUCGUGGAUGAGCUUAAAACCAUAGGCCGAGAAAAAAAAUACUACAUUAGAAACAUUUUCAAUAUAAUCAACUUAUGCUUAAAAUCAGCAUUACUCCUUGUUGUUUGUUUAAAGGUCAUGAAGUUUAAGAUGGGAGAGGAUAUACUGAACUUUUACUUACUUAACCCAGAUGAUUUCAUUCACUUUCAUGCAGUUUCUCAAUUGGACCAGCUUUUAAGGAUUACUCUGGGCUUUUUAGCAUUUCUUACAGUCUUGAAAACUCUGAAAUAUUUUGUUUUACUUUAUGAUGUGCGCCUGGCACAAAAAUCAAUCCUGGCAGCCCUUCCCAGCAUCUCUUCAAUGGCCUUCAUUGUAGUGGCAUACUUCUUUGUAUUUAUGGCUUUUGGCUACCUUGCGUUUGGGCAGCAUGAAUGGAAUUACAAUAAUAUGAUUCACUCAGCUCAGACUAUAUUCUCUUACUGUGUCUCAGCUUUCAGGGAUACCGAAUUUUCAUCCAACAGGCUGCUGGGUGGUCUUUUCCUAGCCUCAUUCAUGUUGGUGAUGAUUUGUGUCCUGAUCAAUCUCUUGCAUGCUGUCAUUAUGUCUGCCUAUAGUGAUACAAAACAACCCGUGGUUGAUGAACCAUCCGAGGAAGAACUAGUUCUUGCUUUUGUAUGGCAAAGGCUCAGACAGAUAUUUUAUUGUCUGAUCUGUAAAACACCCAAAACAAGCAAGCCUGACUUUUUUCACAGUGUACUCGAUGGGCAGCCUAAUAGAAAACAUCACCGACAUUUAGGGCUCAAAAAAAGAGAAAUAAAUGGGAAAAAAAUGGUUUAUCUUGUUAUAUGA